UCUAUGGUAUGCCAGCAAAAACAAUAUAAAAUGCUUGAAAUAACGAAUAAUUGGAGUCAUAUAUGUAAAAGGCCUUUAUUAAACAACAAACAUAGUUUUCCAAACACCUCCUUUUCUGCCUCGUCCUCAACUAUUAAUCAUCCUGCCAAAGAUGCAAGAAUUUCCAGCGGUAGCUCUUGGUGUGCUCCUGCUGCAAAUGGCACUCAUUAUCUUGAACUGAAUUUUGAAACACUAUAUGCAAUCAACACUAUCGUCAUCUUUGGUGAUAGUGUAAGCCCAAGUUGGGUAUCUAGCUUUUACCUAAACGCUACAUCUGAUUUAAUAAACUGGGAAUCAGUUUUUUACCAAAAUUCACAAAAGGUUUUUCCAGGCAACAAAAAUGCUUACAAUGACGCUGCUAUCUCAAACAUCACAGGUGGUAUUAGAACGAGAGCUUUACGGAUUAUUCCGUUGAGUUACACUGGUCAACCAUGUUUACGAACUGAAGUUUGUGGUGGAGAAUUGCAUCUAAACAGCCCGACCAAUCUCCAUGUCAAUUCAACCGCUUCAAGAUACGUUACAAUAUCCUGGGUAGACCCACAAAACGUUGCAGUAUCUCUCAGUACAGGCCUCAAAAAUCCUCUGACAAAUUUUAAGUUUAUUUUGAGGAAAAAAACAAUGGUGAUCUUUAACUUUGUUGAGCAAGCCAAUGUUAGUAGACCUUACAAGUUGAGCAAUCUUAUUCCUAACACAAUGUACACAGUUGAAAUAUUCGCUGGAAACUCGGAAGGCUUUGGAGAUCCAGCAAAUGCUUCUUUUCACACAAAUGAAGAUGUUCCUGAUGGUCCUCCUUUAAAUGUAACAGUCGCUGUUGUUAAUAGUUCAUCGUUAUCAAUCACGUGGAAGCCACCUGAUAUAAGCAAGAGAAAUGGGAAAAUUAUCAAUUACACAAUUUGUAUUACACGAUGGAAGAAUGGGACGUGUUCAGGAAACUUUACUACGAAAAACCAAAAUUUUAUUGUAAAUGACUUGAAACCAGCAACAACGUACUACAUCAGCAUUUUGGCCAGUACUAUAAUUGGUCGAGGAAAUUACAGUGAAAAUGAAAUUGCAAUAACAAAUGAAUUGCAGCCAGAAAAGCCUACUAAUUUUACGGAAGAAACGUUGACGUUUUCUUUAAAGAUUCCUGUUCAAGAAUAUGAAUUCUUCUAUAUUAUUGCCAUGGAAGGAGAUGAAAAAAAUCCCCCUCCACCUUCUAACUUCAGCAAUGAAGACUUAAUAAGGUAUUCCACGCGCUCACAACCAAAGCUUUACAUUGCUGCCGUGCUUAAAGUCAGCGGUGUUGACAUGUUCGUGUUUAUACUUGGUGAUGGCUCAAAUUCAAGUAUUUCAAAUCCACGAACACGACGAUCUACAGAUAGAGAUUAUAAUAAUCGUCCUCUAAGCCCCGAUACUACUUAUCGAAUUUUCCAGCGAGUUAUUGUGAAUGAUAUGGGUGUUUAUUAUUCAACUGAUUGGAGUUACGCCGCAAGGACUGGGCCUUCAAGAUCUGGAUACACAACACUGCGUCCUUUAAGAUCUGCAUACACAACACUGCGUCCUUCAAGAUCUGCAUACACAACACUACGUCCUUCAAGAUCUGCACAUACAACACUACGUCCUUCAAGAUCUGCACAUACAACACUACGUUCAACUUCUAAUUCGUUAAAGUGCAACAAAGAAGACGGAAAGUUUUUACCGAUUGUCAUUGCCCUGGCUAUUUGUUUACUAUUGUCACUGACCGUUAACAUUUAUCAGUUAUGUUAUCGUCGUAAAAAUAUAUCAAAUAAAGAUGAAAAUCAUGAUAAUAAAAAGCGACCAACAAAUGUUUAUGAUGGUUCUGAUAUCCAUGACAAUAGUUAUGAACAUGUUGACGGCGACCAAUCCUCAUACAUGUCGCUGAAAAGCACUGGAAGAAAUGAAGACGACCAUGUAUACUGUCAUUUAAAUGAAGUUAGCAAGAACGAAAGCAUUAUGUAAUGUAUGUUGUUCGCAUUUAUCCAUAUUUCUUUAGAGUAAUUUUCUGUAAUUUUCAUUGAUAUUUUGAUUUCUGUAACCAUUGUAUGUGUUUUUAUUUAGAACAUUUCAACUCAUUACUAGGGUAGUACAAAUUUAAGCAGGCUAAAAACUAAUUGAUUUAUUUGAAAUACAUUUGUGUUGAUAUCUAGACUA